AAUACCUUUUCGCCCAAUAGAGAGAGAUUUGAGGGGGUGGUUUAGUAGGAGGUGGUGUUGAGAGCUAAUGCAAUUGGUUUGGGUGGUAUUUGGAGUAGCGAAUAAGAGUGAACUCCAUGUCGUCGGCUGGCCCAGAAGAUAUCUUCCUCUCCACUUCGCUUGCUAGCUAUUUUGAUGAAAAGCUCCUUGUCUUGCUUCGAGAUGGUAGAAAGCUCUUAGGAUUGCUGAGGUCUUUUGAUCAAUUCGCAAAUGUUGUUCUUGAAGGUGCAUGCGAACGAGUUAUUGUUGGUGAGCUCUACUGUGGCAUCCUCUUAGGCCUCUAUGUAAUCCGUGGGGAGAAUGUUGUCUUGAUUGGGGAGCUGGACCUGGAUAAGGAAGAACUUCCUCCACACAUGACUUGUGUGUCAGCUGGAGAGAUUAAGAGGGCUCAAAGGGCUGAAAAGGAUGCUAUGGUUCUGAAGGGCUCCAUGAGAAAAAGAAUGGAAUUCUUGGAAUUUGAUUAAUGAUCUCCUUUUGUAAUGUUACGGCUCUGCUGUGUCCGCCCAGUAAUGAUAGACUGGUGUAGGAGCUCAAGUUCUUGGUUUCUUCUUCUUGCCGGUGGAGCAACCUAGUAAUGCAAGUGACGGUUCUGAAGACCUAUUUUGAUGAGAGUAAGUUGAUUUUUAGGACUCUUCAAGGCCUGCAGAGAAUGGUUUCAUUAUUUCUGUGGAAUGAGGAGUAAGUUGAUGCUUUGUGGCCUCCUGAUUAGUCUCAUUCCCCUCCCCUCGUCAGUAUUUUCCCUUUCCAUUGAACACAAGUUGAAAUUUCUGUGGUUUGAUGCUUUGUUCUGGUGCCUCAUUUUGUAAUGGCACUUCCCCUUUCUUUUCAUUUUGUAAUGUAAUGUGGCUAUUUAAAGCAAUCCACAUGACAUUUUCCGUUUGAAGGUUAAUAAUGAUUUUGCUCUUCAAUCUGA